AUGGCAGAGCCCCUGAAGGAGGAGGACGGCGACGACGGCGCCGGGAAGCCCCCGGGGCCGGUGAAGACGGAGCCCGCCGAGCCCGCCGUCUCGGUGGCCGCCAAGAACCUCGCCCUGCUCAAGGCCCGCUCCUUCGACGUCACCUUCGACGUGGGCGACGAGUACGAGAUCAUCGAGACCAUAGGCAACGGGGCGUACGGGGUGGUGUCGUCGGCGCGCCGCCGCCUCACGGGCCAGCAGGUGGCCAUUAAGAAGAUCCCUAAUGCUUUUGAUGUGGUGACCAAUGCAAAGAGGACCCUUCGGGAGCUGAAGAUCCUCAAGCAUUUCAAGCAUGACAACAUCAUCGCCAUCAAGGACAUUCUGAGGCCCACUGUUCCCUAUGGCGAGUUUAAGUCUGUCUACGUGGUCCUGGACCUGAUGGAAAGUGACUUGCAUCAGAUCAUUCACUCUUCACAGCCACUCACGCUGGAACAUGUGCGUUACUUCCUGUAUCAGCUGCUGCGAGGCCUUAAGUACAUGCACUCGGCUCAGGUCAUUCACCGCGACCUCAAGCCCUCCAACCUGUUGGUGAAUGAAAACUGCGAGCUGAAGAUCGGUGAUUUUGGCAUGGCCCGUGGCCUGUGUACCUCCCCUGCUGAGCACCAGUACUUUAUGACAGAGUAUGUGGCCACACGUUGGUACCGGGCUCCUGAGCUUAUGCUUUCACUCCAUGAGUACACACAGGCUAUUGACUUGUGGUCUGUGGGCUGCAUCUUUGGGGAGAUGUUGGCCCGGCGCCAGCUCUUCCCAGGCAAAAACUAUGUGCACCAACUGCAGCUGAUCAUGAUGGUGCUGGGUACCCCCUCACCAGCGGUUAUUCAGGCUGUGGGGGCUGAGAGAGUGCGGGCCUAUAUCCAGAGCCUGCCACCACGCCAACCUGUGCCCUGGGAGACAGUGUACCCAGGUGCAGACCGCCAGGCCCUGUCACUGCUGGGGCGAAUGCUGCGUUUUGAGCCCAGUGCUCGCAUCUCAGCAGCCACUGCCCUUCGUCACCCGUUUCUUGCCAAGUACCAUGACCCUGAUGAUGAGCCUGACUGUGCCCCACCCUUUGACUUUGCCUUUGACCGAGAAGCCCUCACCAGGGAGCGCAUUAAGGAGGCUAUCGUGGCUGAGAUCGAGGACUUCCACGCACGGCGUGAGGGCAUUCGCCAGCAGAUUCGCUUCCAGCCUUCUCUGCAGCCUGUGGCCAGUGAGCCUGGCUGUCCUGAUGUGGAGAUGCCCAGUCCCUGGACUCCUAGUGGGGACUGUGCCAUGGAGUCACCUCCUCCAGCCCCACCACCAUGCCCUGGCCCUGCACCUGAAACCAUUGAUCUGACCUUGCAGCCACCCUUGCCUGCCAGUGAACCUGCUCCCCCAAAGAGGGAGGGCGCCAUUUCCGACAACACCAAGGCAGCGCUCAAAGCUGCUCUUCUCAAGUCCUUGCGGAGUCGGCUCAGAGAUGGUCCCAGUGCCCCGCUGGAAGCUCCCGAACCUCGGAAGCCGGUGACUGCCCAGGAGCGCCAGCGAGAGCGGGAGGAAAAACGGCGACGGCGACAAGAGCGAGCCAAGGAACGGGAGAAACGGCGACAAGAACGGGAACGCAAGGAGCGAGGGGUUGGGGUCUCUGGGGGCCCAUCCACUGAUCCCUUGGCUGGCCUGGUGCUCAGUGACAAUGAUCGUAGCCUGCUGGAGCGCUGGACUCGCAUGGCCCGGCCCCCGGCUCCGACCCCAGCACCAGCCUCCAUACUGGCACCAACCCAGGCCCCAGUACCCACAGCCCACACAACCCAGCCCACCAGCCCUCCCACGGGCCCUCCACCACAACCUGCAGGUUCCACCUCAGCUUCUGCAUCUCAGCCUGUCUGUGUGCCUCCUGGCCCUGUCCCCCACCCUGCCAGUUCUGGGCCCCUUCCCGGCCCUGCUGCACUUCAGACUGCCACCUCCUCUAGCCUCCUGGCCCCUCAGUCUCUGGUACCAGCGCCAGGGUUGCCUGGCCCCAGUGCCCCGGGUGUUCUGCCUUACUUCCCAUCAGGCCCUCCCCUGCCAGACCCUGGGGGGGCCCCUCAGCCCUCCACUUCAGAGUCACCUGACGUCAACCUGGUGACACAGCAGCUGUCCAAGUCACAGGUAGAGGACCCCUUGCCACCUGUGUUCUCGGGCACUCCAAAGGGAAGUGGGGCAGGCUAUGGUGUUGGCUUUGACCUGGAGGAAUUCCUAAACCAGUCUUUCGAUAUGGGUGUUGCUGACGGGCCACAGGAUGGCCAGGCAGACUCGGCCUCACUCUCUGCUUCCCUGCUUGCCGACUGGCUUGAGGGCCAUGGCAUGAACCCUGCUGACAUUGAGUCCCUGCAGCGUGAAAUCCAGAUGGACUCCCCGAUGCUGCUGGCGGACCUGCCUGACCUCCAGGAGCCCUAGGACCACAAAUUUGUGCCUUGCUGCCAAGAGCAGACCCAGCCCCGAGGCCCUUUGGAGUCUUCCAAACCAGCAGGGGACACUUGGCUUGGAUUAUUUUGCAGGUUCAUCUCAGACCGGCUUGACAGCCAUAAACAGCCACCUGAGCCACCACCGAGCCAUGGCAGAUGGGGAAUCUCCUCCUCCCUGAGAGAGCUUUUCAGUAUUGUAUUUUUAUUAUUGUUAUUAUAUUAUUUUAUUAUUAUACAACCUUUUCAUUGU